ACGAAAACGCCACCCUGAUGCGCUAAAUUAUUGACGUUGUUUAAUGACAUUCACGGAGAUGCCAGGGAUUGUUUUGUUUUUUGGUGCCUGGCAAGAGCCAGUAAAUUAAUGAUCCGUGGAGCGAAGACUGCAUCCUUCGUCAGCAUCACAAGCUCUUUCUCACCGCAUCCAGGAUACACCACCGAGAUGGGUUCGACGGUCAGGUUGAGUAGAACCGUGUUGCUGAGCGUUCUGGUGUGCAUGGCGGAGCUGGCAUCGGCCCGGAGCCCCCGCACGGCAGACCAGGUAUCUGAGGCCGACAUUCAACGCCUCCUACACGGCGCCAUGGAGCAGCUUGGCAUCGCUCGGCACAGGGUUGAGUACCCCGCUCACCAGGCCACCAACAUCGUGGGUCCCCAGAGUAUCCAAGGUGGGGCCCAUGAGGGGCUGCAGCAUCUGGGUCCCUAUGGAAACAUCCCCAACAUCAUAGCUGAGCUGACAGGGGACAACAUCCCCAAAUACUUCAGUGAGGACCAUGGCUACCCCAACCCUUCCAACCCAUGUCCACUAGGAAAGACGGCUGCAGAUGGUUGUCUGGAGAACGUCCCGGACACAGCAGAGUUCAGCAGAGAGUUCCAGAAGCAUCAGCACUUGUUUGACCCAGAACAUGACUACCCUGCUCUGGCUAAGUGGAACAAGAAACUGUUGUACCAGAAACUGAAGGGAGGACCCAAAAGAAGACAAAGGAGUGUCAAUAACCCCUAUCUGAUGGGUCAGAAGCUGGACAACGUUGUGGCCAAGAAGUCAGUUCCCCAUUACCCAGAAGAGGACUAUAGAACAUCCACCUGAACACACCCCGCUGUUCUAACGUUACUAACCCCACCAUGUCACAUCACUAAAGUGUAUUCAAAACUGCAUCACAAAAGUAUUGGGAGUGUUCUCUAAAUUCUACUUUAUCACCAUGACAUUUUGUUGAACUACGUAGCCUACUAACAACGUUACAUGCAGUAACAGCGGUAUAUUGAUAUGUACAACUUGUGUAACAAAUAAGGUAUUAUACUCUGCUAUUUUCAGUUCUCAAUCAAUAAUUGUUCUAUCCAAAUUAUUGAUACUCUAUUUGUGUGCCUGUGGUGUAUGAUUCAACCUUGAUGUUUUGAUAUACAUUUAAUCAAGUUGCUAUGGUUUUGCUUUCUUUUUGUGGCUCAAGCUUUAACUAAGUCUCUUGCUGUUUUUCUGAUAAUUUUCUGUUCAUCUAAAAUAAAUUAUUUCCUCUGCAA